UAUCCUCUUCCUACUCUUCCCUUGUAGAUAAGGACAGCAAUAUUAAAUCCCAUCUGCCGCCUGAAGAUUGUUAUACUGCAUCAUUACUCUACCACUUGGGGCAUCAGAUGAAACUAAGCCUGUAGUUAAAGAAAUUACGAUGAACACGGGGAAGGUUUACAAGUUCGCGAACGGCUACACGUAUGGCGGGCCGACGAAGCUACGCUCGUGUAUGAGGUACAGGUGCACUAUGGGAUGCGGGGUAUACUUGUACUUGACAUUCGAUGUGUUAUUUGCCGUGUCGCAGAGAGGCGCUCGGCUUCUCCUCUACAAGGGUUACUCUUACAGCUACCAGAGUGUCAAACACGAAACGGUCUUCUGGAAGUGCACCAUGGUUCAGCCGGGGACUUCGAAGCGGUGCACCGCGAAAUUAUAUACGACAAUUGACUACGAGGUGAUAGACGACGUUGGAAGCCACUGUCACGUGAAACCGAUGUUUAUCAAGCGCAAUGAUACGAUGAUCAGGGUUAAAACCCGCAACCCCCCCUUGGUUGAAAAGACUGAACCUUUGUAGGGUUUUACAGGGGUGG